AUGAUACACCUAAGUCAUCCCAAUGAAUGGUUACAACGAUCCUCAGAGACGGGCAGAGUACGAGCACAUUUUGCAUCAGGGAACAGAGAGGGGCCAAAAGGCCAUCUUAAUGGCAAGGUGACUGAAACAGGGCAGAGAUCCCGAUUUAACUCCAAGUGGUGGAUACUUUCCAUCCCGCCUCUGCGAGCAGCCUUUGCCGGCGCAUUACGCCCCGUGGCUGGGGACACGGCGGAGGGUGGCGGGGCGUCGCGGAGCGGCUGGAGCAGGACGAGGGCUGAGUCCCGCGAUCCUCCCCGGCCGCGGCGCGCGGUUCCCCAGGACCCGAGCCGCCGCGGAGGAAAUCGACCACCGCCUCGGGCGCCUGGAACCCUGAGCGCGGAGGCAGCAGGACCCCGUCCCGGCCCGGCGUCUGCCCAACUUGCUGCGCCCCCUCCCGCACUCCCACCCCCGCCCUUCCCCUGCCCGCCCCGCCGCGGCGGAGGCGGCGACACCAACCUGCGCGACCGCGGGCACAGCCUGGGGCGGCAGCCCGAGCCUGCGGGCGGGCGGCGGAGCGACGGGCGGGCGCGGCUGGCUCGGCGGACGCGGCGGACGGAGAUAGUUGGGAGGCUCCGGCUCCCGGGGCGGGGACAGAGUGAGCACGCGGCCCCCGCUCCCUCCGCCCGGCGCGCGCUCGGGGCCCAACCCCGUCCGCCGCCGGCGCUCGCCUCCCGGGACAGCUCCCGGGCCCUCCUCCGGGGCGGCCCCGCCCCUGCCCCUGGACGCGGAGGCCUGGGGGGGUUGGGAGCCAGGUCCCCGCAGAGCCACCUCUUAGUCGCUUGGAGCUUCCCGGGGUGUCCCUGCGGGGACUGCGUGUCCCGGCUGUUUGCACUCAACGUGCGGGCAGGAGGUGGCCAGGAGCUGGAACUCUGUCCUGUGAGCCCUGGGGAAGGGGGUGAAGGCCGGCUCGAAAGUCUGUCUUCCUUUGCUCCGCCCCAGCCCCGCGUCCCGAAAAGCAGCCCUGCGAGGUGGCCAAGCCGUCUGGCCUGUGAGGGGCUGAGAAAAAUGCCGACUGUCCCUCUUCCCAGCGCGGGGUUGGAAAGACAUUUCCCUUGAGGACCAGAGAACCCUUCCCUCUCCUCCCGCUCGGCUUUGAGGACUCCGGCAAAGAGCGUGUGCAGAACUGGCAGACGGGGCACCGGGAUUUUGAUCCGAGAAAAAGUGCACAAAAGGCAAAGCUACCACAAGUUCAAGAGGCUGGAAGAGACCUGCCUGAAUAAAAAGUGUCUCCUUUUCUUCUCAUUAAAAGAAAAAUCAUGUCUGAAACAGAACCUUGUUAAAUUCUUUAUGGAUAUGGCAAUCUCUCUGUAUCUAUUAGUUAUUUUAAAUUUAUGUUAAUAGUACAAUCAUAGUGUGAAAACUGAUCAGUCAGCUGAUGGAGAUAAAGAGGGUCUGUUUUUCGCCCCCCAGGGAAAAAUUCUUAUAGCCAAAAAAGAAUGGGGGAAUUUACUUACAGGCAGCAGAAUUGGCCCCAGGCCAUGUUACAAAGUAGGUGGAGAUGGACAUUUCUCCAC